UCACUGAGGGAGAGGAGGUUGCCUUAAUGUGCGUCCUGUCCCUGGCUGUCCCUGAGGCUUGGCCCUGCUCCCUGUUGACCCUUUCCCACCCCAGGAUGGCCAGGGCCAGCCUGAGGUUCUGGCUUCUCUGGGCCCUGCUCCCGCACAUGGCCCAAGGCGAGUUGUACACGCCCACCCACCAGCGUGGCUACUGUGCUUUCUACGAUGAGUGUGGGAAGAACCCCGAGCUGUCUGGGGGCCUCACCUCACUGUCCAACGUGUCCUGCCUAUCCAACACACCGGCCGUCCAUGUCACGGGCAACCACCUGACCCUGCUGCGCCGCAUCUGCCCAAGCCUCUAUGCUGGCCCUAACACAACCUAUGCCUGCUGCUCCUCCAAGCAACUGGUGUCGCUGGAAGCCAGCAUGUCCAUCACCAAGGCCCUGCUGACGCGCUGCCCAGCCUGUGCUGACAACUUCGUGACCCUGCACUGCCACAACACCUGCAGCCCCGACCAGAGCCUCUUCAUCAACGUGACCCGUGUGGCUCGGGGGGGGCCAGCCCAGCUGCCUGCCGUUGUGGCCUACCAGGCCUUCUACCGGCGCAGCUUUGCCGAGCAGACUUACGACUCUUGUAGCCGCGUGCGCAUCCCCGCGGCCGCCACGCUGGCUGUGGGCACCAUGUGCGGCGUGUACGGCUCCGCCCUGUGCAAUGCCCAGCGCUGGCUCAACUUCCAGGGAGACACGGGGAAUGGCCUGGCCCCACUGGAGAUUGUCUUCCACCUGAUAGACCCCGGCCAGGAUAUGGGGAGUGGGCUGCAGCCCCUGGAUGCAACCAUCAUGCCCUGUAAUGAGUCCCAGGGUGACAGCGCCUCAGCCUGCUCCUGCCAGGACUGUGCAGCGUCCUGCCCUGUCAUCUCCCGCCCCCAGCCACUGGACACCACCUUCUACCUGGGCUGGAUGCCGGGUGGACUGGCUCUGAUUAUCAUCCUGUGUUCCGCCUUCGUCCUGCUCGGCGUCCUCCUUGUGUACUUCCGCAUGGCCCCUGGCCAAAGCGUGAGCAAGGUGGAUUCCAUGGUGGGUGUUAGCCCCUCCGACAGGCUCAGCCAGUCCACCCACACCAUCCUCAGCAAGUUCUUCCAAAGCUGGGGCACAUGGGUGGCCUCAUGGCCAUGGACAGUCCUGGGAGUGUCCAUUGUGGUGGUGGUGGCCUUGGCAGGGGGCCUGGCCUACACAGAACUCACCACAGACCCUGUGGAGCUGUGGUCGGCCCCCAAAAGCCAAGCCCGCAAAGAGAAGGCAUUCCACGACAAGCAUUUUGGCCCCUUCUUCCGGAACAACCAGGUGAUCCUGACAGCCCCCAACCGGUCCAGCUACAUAUAUGACUCGCUGCUGCUGGGGUCCAAGAACUUCAGCGGGAUCCUGGCCCAGGACCUGCUGCUGGAGGUGCUGGAGCUGCAGGAGCGGCUGCGGCACUUGCAGGUGUGGUCGCCAGAGGAGCAGCGCAACAUCUCGCUGCAAGACAUCUGCUACGCACCCCUCAGUCCGGGCAAUGCCAGCCUGGCCGACUGCUGUGUCAACAGCCUCCUGCAGUACUUCCAGAACAACCGCUCACUCCUGCUGCUCACCGCCAACCAGACACUGGGUGGGCAGACCAAACAGGUUGACUGGAGGGACCACUUUCUCUACUGUGCCAAUGCCCCACUCACCUUCAAAGAUGGUACGGCCCUGGCCCUGAGCUGCAUGGCUGACUACGGGGCCCCUGUCUUCCCUUUCCUGGCCAUAGGGGGAUACAAAGGAAAGGACUACUCUGAGGCAGAGGCCCUGAUCCUGACCUUCUCCCUCAACAAUUAUCCUGCCGGGGACCCCCGAUUGGCCCAGGCCAAGCUCUGGGAGGGGGCCUUCUUGGAGGAGAUGCGAGCCUUCCAGCGUCGGACUGCCGGCAGGUUCCAGGUCACAUUCAUGGCCGAGAGCUCCCUAGAGGAGGAAAUCAACCGCACCACGGCCGAGGACCUGCCCAUCUUCGCCAUCAGCUACCUCGUCAUCUUCCUGUACAUCUCCCUGGCCCUGGGCAACUAUAGCAGCUGGAGCCGGGUGCUGGUGGACUCCAAGGCCACUCUGGGCCUGGGAGGUGUGGCUGUGGUGCUGGGAGCAGUCAUGGCCGCCAUGGGCUUCUUCUCCUACCUGGGCGUCCCCUCCUCCCUGGUCAUCCUCCAAGUCGUGCCUUUCCUGGUGCUGGCCGUGGGGGCUGACAACAUCUUCAUCUUCGUUCUCGAGUACCAGAGGCUGCCUCGGAGGCCCGGGGAGCAGCGGGAGGCCCACGUUGGCCGAGCCCUGGGCAGGGUGGCCCCCAGCAUGCUGCUGUGCAGCCUCUCAGAGGCUGUCUGCUUCUUCCUAGGGGCCCUGACCCCCAUGCCUGCUGUGCGAACCUUCGCCCUGACCUCUGGCCUUGCAGUGAUCCUAGACUUCCUACUGCAGAUGUCAGCCUUCGUGGCCCUACUCUCCCUGGACAGCAAGAGGCAGGAGGCCUCCCGGCUAGACACCUGCUGCUGUGUGAAGUCCCGGGAGCUGCCCCCACCUGGCCCAGAUGAGGGGCUCCUGCUUCGCUUCUUCCGCAAGGUCUACGCGCCGUUCCUGCUGCAUCGAGUGACCCGUGUGGCUGUGCUGCUGCUGUUUCUGGGCCUGUUCGGGAUCAGCCUGAACUUCAUGACCCAUAUCAAUGUGGGGUUGGACCAGGAGCUGGCGCUGCCCAAGGACUCAUACCUGCUCGACUACUUUCUCUUUCUGAAUCGCUACUUUGAGGUGGGAGCCCCUGUGUACUUUGUCACCACCUCCGGCUACAACUUCUCCAGCGAGGAAGGUAUGAAUGCCAUCUGCUCCAGCGCUGGCUGCAAUGAGUACUCCUUCACCCAGAAGAUCCAGUAUGCCACCGAGUUCCCUGACCAGUCCUACCUGGCCAUCCCUGCCUCCUCCUGGGUAGACGACUUCAUCGACUGGCUGACCCCUUCCUCCUGCUGCCGCCUUUAUACCUGGGGCCCUGACAGGGACAAGUUCUGCCCCUCGACUGUCAACUCUCUGAACUGCCUGAGGAACUGUAUGAGCUUCACAACUGGCCCCGUGAGACCCUCCGUGGAGCAGUUCAACAAGUACCUCCCCUGGUUCCUGAGUGACCCACCCAACAUCAAAUGUCCCAAAGGUGGCCUGGCAGCGUAUAGCACUUCUGUGAACUUGGAUCCAGAUGGCCAGAUUAUAGCCUCCCGGUUCAUGGCCUACCACAAACCCCUGAAGAACUCACAGGAUUUUACAGAAGCUCUGCGGGCAGCUCGGAAGCUGGCCGCCAACAUCACCGCUGACCUGCGGAAAGUGCCUGGGACGGACCCAGCCUUUGAGGUCUUCCCUUACACGAUCACCAAUGUGUUUUAUGAGCAAUACCUGACUAUCCUGCCCGAAGGGCUCUUCAUGCUCAGCCUCUGCCUACUGCCCACCUUUGUUGUCUGCUGCCUCCUGCUGGGCAUGGACCUGCGUUCUGGCCUCCUCAACCUGUUCUCCAUUGUCAUGAUCCUUGUGGACACUGUUGGCUUCAUGACCCUGUGGGACAUCAGCUACAAUGCCGUUUCCCUCAUCAACCUAGUCACGGCAGUGGGUAUGUCUGUGGAGUUUGUGUCCCACAUCACCCGCUCCUUUGCCAUCAGCACCAAGCCCACCCGGCUGGAUAGGGCCAAAGAGGCCACCAUCUUCAUGGGCAGUGCGGUGUUCGCGGGGGUGGCCAUGACCAACCUGCCUGGCAUCCUGGUCCUGGGCCUUGCCAAAGCCCAGCUCAUCCAGAUCUUCUUCUUUCGCCUCAACCUCCUGAUCACCCUGUUGGGCCUGCUGCACGGCCUGGUCUUCCUGCCAGUUAUCCUCAGCUACCUGGGACCCAAUGUCAACGCAGCUCUGGUGCUGGAGCAGAAGCAGGCUGAGGAGAUGGCAGCGGCCCUGGCUGCCUCCUGCCCAAAGCACCCCUCUCCGAUCACCAGCAUCUAUGACAAUUACAGCUUUGAAGACCCUGCCAAAGGAGCUGUUCCUGUUGGCAACUCUUUGCAGGACACUAGGCAGUUAUGAUGGAGUUGGAGCUGCUUUCUCAGAACAGGCCCUGAGGCUCUCCCCUAUAUGGUCUCUUGGCCCACUCCUCCUCAAGGCCUGUGGGAGGCUGUCCCACAACAGUGGCUGUCACUUGAGGAUGGCUCACCCCUGGCAAGCACUGCCAAAGGCCCUUCUGCUCUUGUAGCAGGUCCUUGGUCUCUGAGCCACUUGGGACACAGUCAGUUUGAGAUACCUCCUCCUCCUCCUGGGCUGUCUCAGAGCUGCCAAGAAGAUGCACUCCAUGUCUGUCCAUGACACACUUUUUCACAGGUGCCUGUGUCCUGUCCAACAGCCCCCCUUCAGUCUCAAUUUUGAGCCAUUCAGUCUUGAAGACUCAUCAAUAUCCCUGAGAACAGAGUGACUCCCACCCAGGCUGAGGCCCUGCAGGAGGCCAGGGACAGGCUCAGGCUCAGGCAGGGAGCCAGGGCCAUGGGUGGCAGAUCUGAAGAGUUGCCAUCACAGUUCUUCC